CUCAUCCAUGGUGGUGUCAGAUACCUACAGAAGGCAAUAAUGGGAUUUGACUUGGAGCAAUACAGAUUAGUCAGAGAAGCUUUACACGAAAGGGCUAACCUCCUAGAGAUUGCCCCCCACCUUUCUCGCCCUCUGCCAAUCAUGCUUCCUAUAUACAGCUGGUGGCAGGUUCCUUAUUUCUGGUGUGGUAUCAAGCUUUAUGAUUUUGUCUCUGGAAAGAAACUGGUCAAAUCUUCAUUUUAUGUAUCCAAAGCCAAAGCAAUGGAGGAGUUCCCUAUGCUACAGAAGAAUCGGUUGUGUGGGGCACUCGUCUAUUAUGAUG